UGUCACGCCUUCCUUCCCCCAGGAGAUGCUCUCCUCGCUUCCCCAUCUCACACCCCCCUCCCCUCCCGCCGAGCCCCAAAGCUCCUUGUGGAUCUGAGCCUGCGGUUCCAGACCCCUGGAGUCCGAUCCCCGCCCGGACUUGCGGACCGACUGCGCGGAGCGAGGUGGCAGAAGGCAGGGCGCGCGGCCAAGGUGCCCAGCUCCCGGGGUUGCCUGCAGGGUGGGGCCGUCUUCGCGGCCGCUCCCUCUCCGCGCCUGCCCCAUCCCCAAAGAGGACACCCCUCCUCCCGCCGGCCCGCUCCCCACCCUCCGCGGCGCCGCCUCCCCCGCCGCCCGCCCGCGCUGGCCCAGAGCCGCCCAGGCAGCCAGCUAGCGAGGGAAGCUCUCUGGGAUGGGAGUUGGAGGAAGCGGCGAAGGAGGAGACAGCGGUAGCGGCUCGGGCUUCUUCCUCGGCUCCCACGAGCGAUCCCUGAGGAGAGCCGUGGCUCUCGGAGCGGCGAGGAGACCAGCGAGGAGGACCCAGGCGGCUGCGCCCUAGUCUCGCUUCCCAGGCGCGGGCUGCAGCAGCUGCAGCCUUGUCCCUCAUCCUCUUCUUGAAGAUGGAAAAGAUGCUGGUGGGCUGCUUUCUGCUGAUUCUCGGGCAGAUCCUGCUCCUCCCCGCUGAGGCCAGGGGGCGGCUUCCUUCCAGAUCCAUCUCCAAAGCGAGACACGCACGGACGCACCCUCAGACGGCCCUCCUGGAGAGCUCCUGUGAGAACAAGCGGGCGGACCUGGUUUUCAUCAUCGACAGCUCCCGCAGCGUCCACACCCACGACUACGCAAAGGUCAAGGAGUUCCUGGUGGACAUCUUGCAGUUCUUGGACAUCGGCCCCGAUGUUACCCGCGUGGGCCUGCUGCAGUACGGCAGCACCGUCAAGAACGAAUUCUCCCUCAAGACCUUCAAGAGGAAGUCGGAGGUGGAGCGCGCCAUCAAGAGGAUGCGGCACCUGUCCACGGGCACCAUGACCGGGCUGGCCAUCCAGUACGCCCUGAACAUCGCCUUCUCGGAAGCGGAGGGCGCCCGGCCCCUGCGGGAGAACGUGCCGCGGGUCAUCAUGAUCGUGACGGACGGGCGGCCCCAGGACUCAGUGGCCGAGGUGGCUGCCAAGGCCCGGAACACGGGCAUCCUGAUCUUUGCCAUCGGCGUGGGCCAAGUGGACUUCAACACCCUGAAGGCCAUCGGGAGCGAGCCCCACGAGGACCACGUCUUCCUGGUGGCCAACUUCAGCCAGAUGGAGUCGCUGACCUCCGUGUUCCAGACCAAGCUGUGCACGGUCCACAUGUGCAGCAUCCUGGAGCACAACUGCGCCCACUUCUGCAUCAAUACCCCCGGCUCGUACGUCUGCAGGUGCAAACAAGGCUACAUCCUCAACUCGGAUCAGACGACUUGCAGAAUCCAGGAUCUGUGCGCGGCAGAGGACCACGGCUGCGAGCAACUCUGCGUGAACCUGCUGGGCUCCUUUGUGUGCCAGUGCUACGGGGGCUACACCCUGGCGGAGGACGGGAAACGGUGCGUGGCUGUGGACUACUGUGCCUCAGAAAACCACGGAUGCGAACACGAGUGUGUAAAUGCUGACACCUCCUACGUCUGCCGGUGCCCUAAAGGAUUUGCUCUGAACCCAGAUAAGAAAACAUGUGCAAAAAUAGACUACUGCGCGUCACCUAACCACGGCUGCCAGCACGAGUGUGUCAACACAGAUGAUUCCUACUUCUGCCGCUGCCUAAAAGGCUUUACUCUGAAUCCAGAUCAGAAAACCUGUAGAAGGAUCAAUUACUGUGCGCUGAACAAACCGGGCUGUGAGCAUGAAUGCAUCAACACGGAGGAGGGCCACUACUGCCGCUGUCGCCGGGGCUACACGCUGGACCCCAAUGGCAAGACCUGCAGCCGGGUGGAUCACUGCGCGGAGCAAGACCACGGCUGCGAGCAGCUGUGUCUGAACACCGAGGACUCCUUCGUGUGCCAGUGCUCGGAAGGCUUCCUCAUCAACGAGGACCUCAAGACCUGCUCCCGGGUGGAUUACUGCCUGCUGAGCGACCACGGUUGCGAAUACUCCUGCGUCAACACGGACAGAUCCUUCGCCUGCCAGUGUCCUGAGGGGCAUGUGCUCCGCAGUGAUGGCAAGACCUGUGCCAAAUUGGACUCUUGUGCUUUGGGGAACCAUGGUUGUGAACAUUCGUGUGUAAGCAGGGGGAGCUCUUUCGUGUGCCGAUGCUUUGAAGGGUAUAUACUCCGUGAAGAUGGGAAAAGCUGCAGAAGGAAAGAUGUCUGCCAAGCAGUAGACCAUGGCUGUGAACACAUUUGUGUGAGCGGCGACGAGUCCUACACCUGCAGGUGUUUGGAGGGAUUCCGGCUCGCCGAGGAUGGGAAACACUGCAGAAGGAAGGAUGUCUGCAAAUCAACCCACCACGGCUGUGAGCACAUGUGUGUUAAUCGUGGCAAUUCCUACAUCUGCAAAUGCUCAGAGGGAUUUAUUCUAGCCGAGGAUGGAAGACGGUGCAAGAGAUGCACUGAAGGCCCAGUUGACCUGGUCUUUGUGAUCGAUGGGUCCAAGAGCCUUGGUGAAGAGAAUUUUGAGAUUGUGAAGCAGUUUGUCACUGGAAUUAUAGAUUCUUUGACGAUUUCCCCCAAAGCCGCUCGAGUGGGGCUGCUCCAGUAUUCCACACAGGUCCGCACCGAGUUUACCCUGAGAAACUUCGGCUCUGCCAAAGACAUGAAAAAAGCUGUGGCCUCCAUGAAAUACAUGGGCAAGGGCUCUAUGACCGGGCUGGCCCUGAAACACAUGUUUGAAAGAAGUUUUACCCAAAUAGAAGGGGCCAGGCCUCUCUCCGCACGGGUGCCAAGAGUGGCCAUCGUGUUCACAGACGGACGGGCUCAGGAUGACGUCUCCGAAUGGGCCAGUAAAGCCAAGGCCAAUGGUAUAACUAUGUAUGCUGUUGGGGUAGGAAAAGCCAUUGAGGAAGAACUACAAGAAAUCGCCUCUGAACCCACAGACAAGCAUCUCUUCUAUGCCGAAGACUUCAGCACAAUGGGCGAGAUAAGUGACAAACUACAGAAAGGCAUAUGUGAAGCUCUCGAAGACUCUGAUGGAAGACAGGAUUCCCCUGCAGGGGAACUGCCAAAGAGGGUCCACCAACCAACAGAAUCUGAGCCAGUCACCAUAAAUAUCCAAGACCUACUUUCCUGUUCUAAUUUUGCAGUGCAACACAGGUAUCUGUUUGAAGAAGACAAUCUUGCACGGUCUACACAAAAACUUUUCCAUUCGACAAAAUCUUCAGGAAGUCCCUUGGAAGAAAAACACGAUCAAUGCAAAUGUGAAAACCUUAUAAUGUUCCAGAACCUUGCAAAUGAAGAAGUAAGAAAAUUAACGCAGCGCCUAGAAGAAAUGACACAGAGAAUGGAAGCCCUGGAAAAUCGCCUGAGAUACAGAUGAAGACUCAAACUGCUCUGUGCAUUUAUAUGUCAUUUUAUCAAGGAUUAUGAUGAAACCAGUUCAGAGCUCUAGAGGCUCAGGCUAUCAUUAAUUAUGUAACUUUGUAAAGUAAAACAUAACAAGUAAUGAGAAAGCUGGUUUACUAUAGAACAAAGGCAAAAGUAGACAUUACUCUAUAAAUCUACUCAGAAAAAAAAGUCUUUCAGAAUCUUGAAAUAAAGUUUACCAAGUGAGAACAAAUAAGCUAUGCAAGAUAGUCUGUAACAUACUGUGGACACAAUUUGCUUUUGCCUUGUACUGCCUUAGUGUUGCCAUCUCAUUUGACUACAAAAUAAAGUUUGCACAGUCUUACUUCCAUAGAACACUGGCCAUGGGAAAGCUAUUUUUUUGUAUUGGACUUAACAUUGAUAUAUGUAUAUGGAUGUAUGCAUAAAAUCACAGAACAUAUGUACUUGUAUAACAAGUUGGAUUUUUUAUACAAUAUUAAAAUUCACUUCAAAGAAUGA